UCCAAGUGGGAGCAUCAAAUAGCAUAUACUUAGGGCGAAAAGGGCAAAAUCUUAUACCGACUGGAAGGAAGCCUUCGAAAAUCGAAAGGAAGUCGAAGCCGUAAAACAAAGCCUGAGCAGUAUCCUUCUGCCUCCCAUUAUUCUUUUCUUGUCCGGGGGACCUGUAUCUUCCCGUCUAUCGUAGGUACCAAAAUAACUGAGAGAAAAUCAGCCAAGAUGGCGAAGAAGAGACAGAAGAAAGGAGAUCAAAAUGCUAAAUCGGCUGAAGCGAAAAGGCUUAUCAUUGCCGAAGCCACAACUAUUCGCAUAUCCCAACAACUGCGGAAGUUCCAUGAAUCGAAAGAUGAAGUUUACAUGUUUGAAGAAAACCUGUCAAACCAUGAACGUGCAGUAGUGCAUGUAUUAUGCAGGAAAAUGGGUAUGACAUCCAAGAGUUCAGGGCGUGGCGGCCAACGAAGGGUUUCUAUUUACAAAACUAAAAAGAAAGUUGACACCACAAAGGGUUUGGAGAGUCUACCAUAUUUGACAUUUUCAGAAGAGGCGAAAUUGGUUUUGCAGGAUUUGUUUAUUCAAUACCCACCUGAUGAUGGAAAGAUUGACUAUGGAAUGGUUGGGAAACAAGCUGAAAAGAUUGAUAAAACAAGACAAAGGAAAGAUGAUAUUUUCUGCAAACCUUCAAUGAGUACAGCAGAAAUUGCGAAGAAAGUGAAGUUACUUGCUUCCAAAAUGGAGAAGGAAGGAUAUUUGAAGCAGGUCACUGAAGAGAGGACUAAGCUCCCAAUUGCAUCCUUCAAGGAUGUCAUUUCAUCAACAAUUGAAUCUCACCAGGUAGUUCUCAUAUCUGGUGAGACUGGUUGUGGAAAGACCACACAGGCUAAAACGGCCAACUUAAGUUUGGACUGGCUGAUCCACAUACUCAAGAUGUUCUUAUAUAGGAUGCCAUUUUAAUUUUGAAAUUUGAGUUUGUAUGAUCAAUAGAGGCAAUAGAUUACACGUCAACAGCAGGUAAUCCCUUUUUUUGUUAUGGUUUUGAAAUGAUGUUCUUUUUAAUUUUUAAUUUUUACACACAUGGACUAAUUUGAUCAU